GGAAGACGGAAGUUUGAGCCCAAUCUCCUACAGCGGGAAAAAAAACCUUAACUUAAUUAACUUCAGAGCAACACACGGGAAAACAACAAUAACGACAACAAGUUGAGUAAAAAUGUCAAAAAUAGAUAAGAUGAGCAUCCUUGGGGUGAGGAGCUUUGGGGUCGAGGAUAAAGACAAACAAGUAAUAUCCUUCCUCGCUCCUUUGACUGUGCUGGUUGGACCCAAUGGAGCGGGAAAAACGACUAUUAUUGAGUGUCUCAAGUAUGCAACGUCAGGUGAACUUCCCCCAGGAUCUAAAGGAGGGGCCUUUGUUCAUGAUCCAAAGGACGCCCAUGAGACAGACGUGCGCGCACAGAUUCGCCUUUUAUUCACUGAUGUUAAUGGAGAGAAAGUCACCGUCCAGCGCUCCAUGUCAUGUACUCAGAAGGCAAAGAGCAACACCUUCAAAAGCUUAGAGCAGGUCAUCACACGAUUUAAAGGUGGUGAGAAGGUGAGCUUGUCGUCCAAGUGUGGUGAACUGGACCGGGAGAUGAUUUCUUGCUUGGGUGUAUCAAAGCCUGUCCUGAAUCAUGUCAUCUUCUGCCACCAAGAAGAAUCCAACUGGCCACUUAGUGAGGGCAAGGCACUCAAAGACAAGUUUGACUCCAUCUUUGCUGCAACAAAGUAUAUCAAAGCUCUGGACACGAUGCGUCAGCUGCGUCUGGCACAGAACCACACAGUCAAAGAGUGUCAGGUCGAGCUGCGCUACCUGAAGCAGAAUAAGGAGAAGGCCCAGCAGAUUAGGGAGACUGUAGCCACCAAGGAAGCUCAGCUGAUGGCCUCGAAGGACAACGUACAGCAGAUAGAGGGCAAGAUAGAGCCACUUGAGAAUCGACUGAUAGAUAUUGACACAAGACUUGGGAAAGUGAUAAAGCUGGACAAUGAAAUCAAAGCCUUGGAGAGCAGGAAGAAACAAAUGGAGCAAGACAAUAGGGAGCUGGAAGAAACAAUGGAACAGGUGUUUCAGGGUUCAGAUGAGCAGCUGCAGGAGCUUUAUCAGAACCACCAGAGGACAGUGAAAGAGAAGGAGCGGAGGCUGACAGACUGCCAGAAGGAGCUGGAGAGAGCUGGCCGAGAGUGUCAGAGACUCAACAGAGUCAAGGCUGAUCUCCUUGUCGAACAAGGUCGUCUUCAGCUGGAGGCUGACCGCCACACCCAAAACAUCAAGAACCGUGACACUCAGGUCCGCCAAUUGUCAUCCUUCCUGGACAUGGAGGGCUAUGACCGACCGCCCUUUACCGCUCUUCAGCUCCAGAGCUUUAACCGUCAUGUCACUCAGAGACUGGAGCAGGAAAAAGAGACAAUCAGUCAGGUUAUGGCAGACCUGGAGGGAAAAGAGCAGCAGAAGCAGCAGUCCAUUGAUGAAAUGAGGGAUAAGAAAACUGGUCUGGAGAGAACCGUGGAGCUCAAGAGAGACCAGCAGGGAAAGAAGCAGCAAGAAUUAAGGAACGUCAGAGCAGAGCUGCAGAGGCUGGAGGGUUCAUCCUCUCGCCUGCAACAACUGGAGAAUGAAUUGGCUAAAGUGGAGCGAGAGCUGCAGGGCGUAGUGGAGAGCUCCAAUGUGGAGGAACUGAAGGCUGAGGUCGUGGAGCUCCAGAGAGAAAAGGCUCAACUUGACCGUGUACAGAGGCAGCUUGACCAAGAAAUGGAAAUGCUCAACACACACACUACUGCGCGCACACAAAUGGAGAUGCUGAAGAAAGACAAGACCGAGAAGGAAGACCAGGUGCGUAAGAUCAAGUCUCGUCACAGCGAGGACCUGGUGUCAUUACUGGGUCACUUUCCCAACAAGCGAGAGCUGGAAGACUGGAUCUACACCAAGUCUCGGGAAAUUAACAGUACCAGAGACAAACUUGCCAAACUCAAUAAGGACCUGGCAUCAAAUGAGCAGAACAAAAGCCACAUUGCUUCGGAGCUGCGUAAGAAGGAGCAGCAGUUAGUUAGCGAUGAAGAGAAGUUCUUCAAUGUGUGUGGCAGUCAGGAUCUGGAGCAGGACCUGGGCAAACUGCAGGAUGAUCUGGAGAAGGUAUCCAAACAAAGAGCCAUGCUAGCUGGAGCCACGGCAGUGUACACCCAAUUCAUCAGCCAGCUGACUGAGGAGAGAGAACCCUGCUGCCCCGUUUGCCAGCGGACGUUCCCGUCAGAGUCCGAUCUGCAGGAUGUUAUCAGUGACAUGCAAUCCAAACUACGGCUCGUGCCAGACAAGCUGAAAAACACCGAGCAGGACCUGAAGAGGAAGGAGAGGAAGAGAGAUGAGAUGAUGUCUCUCAAACCGGUCAGGCAAUCCAUUGUACAAUUUCAGGAGAAGGAGUUGCCCGAGUUGAGAAACCGUCUGCAGAGUGUGAACAGAGAAAUUGAAAGGCUGAAGGGAGAUGUGGAGGAACAGGAGAACGUGCUUGGUGUCCUCAUGUCAGAGGAGGAAACGGCCAAGGCCUGCCUGCAGGACAUUUCUCUCAUGGACAGAUACUUGAUGGACCUUAAAGAGGUGGAGAGGAAAAUAGCUCAACAGGCAGCCAAACUGCAGGGAGUAGACCUGACCAGAACCAUCCAGCAAGUCAGUCAGGAAAAACAAGAAACUCAGCACAAGAUAGAUACAACCUCCAGCAAGAUGGAGCUGAAGCGUAAACUGAUCCAGGACCAGCAGGAUCAGAUUCAGAUGCUGAAAAGUACGGUGAACGAGACGAAAGCAGAGAAGCUCCAACUGAGCAGUGACAUGCAGAAACAGCAGCAGCUGGAAGAGCAGAGUGUUGAGUUCACCACCGAGAUACAGGCUUUAACCAGGGACAUCAGGGAAGCAAAGGAGCAACUUUCACCUUUGUCUGCCGCACUGGAGAAGCUCCAGCAGGAGAAGCAAGAGCUGGUGGAGCGCAAGAGGCAGAGGCAGGAAGAAGGGCAGGAGAAGAUCAAUGCCAUGAAAGACAGAGUGAAGGCUAUCACCACCUUGGAAAGAGACAUCACCAAAUACAAUGAUGAGGGCAAAGAUGAAUACAAGGAGCGAAAAGAGUCUGAACUGCAGGAGACGAACACGCAGCUACAUGAUGCUGAGAAGCAAAAAGAAAAGAUCAGCAAAGAGAUGGGAAACAUCCGUCAGGACAUCGACACUCAGAAGGUUCAGGAGCGCUGGUUGCAGGACAACCUGACCUUGAGGAAGCGUGUGGAGGAGUUGAAGGAGGUUGUGGCUAAACAUGAGGCUCGCAUGAAAGAGAUGGGCAACAUGCAGGUCUUUGAACUCCGCCAAGAACGACGUGAAGCAGAACGCAAGUUGGAAGACUUGAAGAAGAAUCGCAGUAUCGCACUGGGUCGCCAGAAAGGCUUUGAGGAGGAGAUAAUGCAUUACAGAAAAGAGCUUCGUGAAGAUCAGUACGACAAAGCCGACGAACGCUACAAAAACAAGAUGAUCGUUAUGAGGACCACCGAGCUGGUCAUUAAGGACCUGGAUCUCUACUACAAGGCCCUCGAUCAAUCAAUCAUGAAAUUCCACAGUAUGAAGAUGGACGAGAUCAACAAGAUUAUCAGAGACCUAUGGCGUAGCACCUACAGGGGUCAAGAUAUUGAAUAUGUGGAGAUCAGGUCUGAUGUGGAUGAGAACUCGUCUGCUGCUAAGCGGAGGGUUUACAACUACAGAGUAGUGAUGGUGAAAGGAGACGCGGCUUUGGACAUGAGAGGGCGCUGCAGUGCGGGUCAAAAGGUGUUGGCGUCCCUGAUCAUCCGUCUAGCUCUGGCAGAGACCUUCUGUCUCAACUGUGGUAUCCUAGCCCUGGAUGAACCCACCACCAACCUCGACCGGGAGAACAUCGAGUCGCUGGCACACGCCCUUGUAGAAAUCAUCAAGAGUCGCUCUCGCCAGCGCAACUUCCAGCUGCUGAUCAUCACCCACGAUGAGGACUUUGUGGAGCUGCUGGGUCGCUCCAGCUACAUUGAACAUUUCUACCGCAUCCGCAAGAACCAGGACCAGAACUCUGAAAUCACAAAGUGCAGUAUCACUUCCCUUUCGUCCUACCUCCACUGAGCAGAUAGCUGCGUCUUCAGACCCGCGUGUGGGAAUGCACAGUAAUCGUUUAUCUUUUUUUAGGUUUAAUUCUUUGUUUGUUUGACUAAAUUCAUAAUAAGUUUAGAUAUUUCUGCCAAAACAUUUAAUCAGCUUGCUGGAAAAUAACUGUAGUGACCUACAUGAUGUAAUCCACAUUGUAGUGGGUACGCAAGUUUUUAUUAUUCAUUUUGCAUUUCCUGUGGUUUUUGUCUAUGCAGCUGGUAAAAAGCUGUUGUGAUACUAAUGUCAUUGUUCAGUUACCGAAAAGGUAAGUUUUGCCCACCAAAGAAGUCGUCGUUUAAGUGCCGAAGACGAAGAUGUGAAGAAUGUGUCCUGUCUGUCAAACUGACACUGAAUGUUAUUGUCCUAAUUGACUGGACACUUUGUAAAAAAAAAAAAAAAAAUGUUAUUUGUUCAUAAAUCCUAAAAAACUUCACUAAAACUUUGCCUUGCUUUUUGAGAAACAACGAUCGCUUCCCUUUCAUUUUCGACCCGAGAUGCUUAGAUAUCGGGGCAACGUUGCAAUUUUUGGUUCCAUCAUUUCACGUAAUAUGAAAAGACAGCCACUCUACUGUUACUGUAUCACCUUUAUUUGGGCAUUCAGCUCUAUGGAUCUAAUUCAGGGAAACCUAGCUCAGUUUUUGGUGAAGUUUCUCAUCAACCACUAGAUCUUAUCUCAUUUGUAGCGCGACCCAAAGGCGUGGGCUAGCGAAUAUAAGCUCGUCUGUUCUCAGCCAAAGAUUUCAGAACGAGCUGUAAGCUGGUUAUUGAGCCAUCGCUUUGAGCGCUUUUGUCAAAACAGCUUCUUCCAGAGGGUUUAUAUCCAAAGAGCUUCAGUCAUGAAGAUGAUGGUGCUUCUGCUGGUGUCUUCGGCGGCUCUGCUCGUCAGCCCCUCUCCCAUAUUGUGGGAUAGGACUGACCUGAUGAGUAUAAUGGACCACGCUAGGAACUUGACUGUGUCUCCCACUGUAAGUUUUUUUGUUUAUUAACUCUUUUAACUUGUCAGGAAAGGAAAAACCCUGAAGCAAUUUCUGACAUUACCUUCCCAUUUUUUUUUUGUGAUACAGGAAUUUGUGCUCGACCUAAAGCGGGAGUAUGACUGUUGGGACGACAUGUUCUUCUGCAAAGUGUACUUCCUCCUGCAUAAGAACAAACAUUUCAAGUCCAGGGAGGUGGGGCAGAAGCUUUUGAGGACCCUGGCGAUGUUUAACAAGAAAACAAAUGUAAACUGUGCAGAGGUUCCAAAGGAUCCGACACCAACACCAAAUAAAGUGUGGCUCACAAUGCCUAACCUGAUAAAAGACCUCAUAUCUUGUAGCCAGAUGAGAAUGGUUAACAAGACCCAAGAGCCAACUGUUGCACAGUGAAGCACUGUUUGAAAAUGUUCUCUCUUUUUUUUCAUUUUCAGGAAGUCAGUAUUUAUAUGGAAUGAUUUAUU